UGGCUGAAUAUGAGCAGCUCGAUCUUAUUGUUAAACUCAUAAUAGCAGACACUUUGAAAAUGGGUUUACUCCAAUACUUCUCUUCCACCUCCUUUAUGCUCAUCACCUUGUUGGUUGCUACGACAGUAACCACUAUCACUUGCUAUUAUCAUCCCGUGGACAACAUCUCCAUCGACUGUGGUUCCUCAAGAAAGUCAACUGCAUCAGAUGGACGAGAGUGGGCUGGAGAUAAAGGUUCAAGACAUGGAAGUUCAGUUAGACUAUCACAGCCUUCUCAAUCCUUUCUUACAGAACUUAUUCCAUAUUCAACUGCUCGUGUCUCUGUUUCCCAAUUCUCCUAUGACUUCAGAGUCACUCCUGGCCAGAAGUUUGUCCGCCUGCACUUUUACCCGGCUUCAUAUCCUGGUUUUGACAAGUCGAGGGACUUUUUCACAGUCAAAUCUGGGUCCUAUACGCUCCUCAGCAACUUCAGCGCUUCCAUUCAAGCAAACUCCAUGGGAUUGAAUUUUUUUAGUAAAGAAUUCUGUCUGAAUGUGGAAGAGAAUCAGAUUCUAAGUAUUACCUUCACUCCAUCGCCUACCAUGUAUGCUUUCGUGAAUGGAAUAGAGGUCAUUUCCAUGCCUACUGACCUCUAUCAUACUCCAGAAAGCAACCCGGGUGUUCCUAUCAUUGCCCGAAAACAUCUCCUCUUUGAUAUUGACAAUAGCAUAGCACUUGAGGUGGUUCACCGUUUAAAUAUUGGGGGGAGCUCUAUUCUGCCUGUUGAAGACACGGGCAUGUUUCGUGCAUGGUUGGGAGCAUCUGCCUACUCGACGCCAUCAGGUAUCUUGCCGAUUGCUACAACAAUUCCCAUAAAGUACAAUAAUUUUCCUGCAUACACAGCGCCACUAAGAGUAUAUCAAUCAGCUUGGUUAAUGGAUCCAGACAAGCUGGCAUAUAUAAACUUCAAUCUUACAUGGAAGUUACCAGUUGAUGUUGGAUUUAGGUACCUUGUUAGAAUGCAUUUCUGUGAACUGGAUUACGGGAUUAAGGAAAGCAGUCAAAGAGAAUUCGAUAUCUUCCUAAAUGAUAGGCUCGCAGAGACUAAUGCCGAUAUAAUCAAAUGGAGCGGAGCAAAUGGGGUUCCUGUGUACAAGGAUUAUAUGGUGAUUUUGGAAGGAGAUCCAAGUAAAGGGAAGUCUGAUCUUACCAUAGCACUACAACCGCAUUAUUCUGAGUCGGAGACUAACUACCCAACCGGUGUUAUUCUCAACGGAUUGGAGAUAGUGAAGUUAAGCAAUCCCGACAACAACCUGGCAGGUCAUACUCCACAAACUUCAGUAAAUACUCCCAACUCUAUCAAGACAAAACUACAACGGACCCUUUGGAGCAGGGAUGGAAUAGUAGGUAUCUUGAUAAUUCUGCUCAUUCUGUUGAAUGCUGGUGUACACAAAUUAAGAAAUUGGGUUGAGAAAAGUGAGAGAGAGAUAUCUCCAUCGUUAUUGCCCUCAAACCAAUUUGGAAGACGAUUCUCACUUAGUGAGGUACAAUCGGCAACCAACAACUUUGAUGAUGCCUUAGUGAUAGGUGAUGGUGGGUUCGGCAAGGUUUACAAGGGGCAAAUUGACAAAGGAUCUAGAACUGUUGCUAUAAAGCGGCUGAAGGCUUUGUCCAAACAAGGAGCGGAUGAGUUUUGGACAGAGAUCAAAACGCUUUCCAAGCUCAUGCACAUUAACCUUGUUACUCUAAUUGGCUAUUGUGAUGAAAACAAGGAGAUGAUUCUUGUAUAUGGAUACAUGAUUAAUGGUAGCCUUGCUGAUCAUCUCCACAAAAUUACGAGGACUCUUUCCAGUCGCCAAAAUGAAACUCCCGAGAUUCGUGAAGUUGAGAGUUAUCCACUAUCUUGGGAGCGACGACUCCAAAUCUGCAUUGGUGCAGCACGUGGAUUGGAUUACCUUCAUAGUGGGGCAGAGCACAGAGUGAUACAUCGAGAUGUGAAGACCUCAAACAUUUUGUUGGAUGAGAACUGGGUGGCCAAAAUAUCAGAUUUUGGAUUGUCCAAAAUGGGAGGUAACAGCCACAACAAUGGCAACCAGUCGAGCACCUCUAUUGUAACAGAUGUCAAGGGCACAUUCGGAUAUUUGGAUCUAGAGUACUUUUUGACUCAUAGAUUAACCAGGAAAUCCGAUGUUUAUGCGUUUGGUGUGGUGUUGUUUGAAGUGCUUUGCGGGAGGCCAGCAGUUGAUAGAAGGUUUGAGGGAGAGGAACGUAGUUUAGCAUUGUGGGCACGACGUUGCAUCAAUGAGGGAAGAAUUGAAGACAUGAUUGACCCUUUCCUCAAGGGAAAAAUCUUGCCUCAUUCUCUCAAGAUCUUUGUAGGCAUCGCCGAAAAAUGCUUACAUAGCCGUCCAAAUGAAAGGCCUAGAAUGUCAGAUGUCUUGCAAAAGCUUGAAUUUGCACUUUCAUCAAAAGACCAUUUUGGAUGGCUUUUGACAGAGGUAGAUGAAGAAAAAGAUCUUGAGGAGGUUGCAACUGACACUGAUGAAGCCGUGUCAGGCGAUAGUGGGCGAACUGAUGCGAUCACCAAGUGGGAAGAGAGAGAUGUGGGAAAGACAUCUGAUAUUGAUGAUGAAUCUGAAAACAAGGAGAUAGCUGGGGAUGGGAAUUCAAAUACAAAUCUUCUAUCUAAAACCUCUCCUCCUAUAGGGUCUUCCAAUUUGAUACAUGGUAACAUGCCUGAGAUAAGUACACAAAAGUCAAACAAGAGAACAGUGAUGAAGUUGGUUCAGAGUGCCUUGAGAAGAAAGACAAAAGAUGAUAGCCCCAAAAAUCAGGCAUCGUGGUGGUCGAAAAAAACAUCUAAAAUGACUGAGGUAAAACCAUUACCUGAAGUACCAGAGAGUAGCCUCCUUCCAGAAUCUCCCCGUAUUUUCUCACUAGAUGAAAUUCGAGCUGCCACACACAAUUUUGGUCGUCCCAACAACAUAGAUUAUGGAGAGUGGUACCAAGGUUCCCUGGAUGAUAUAGAACUUCAGGUCGCAAUACAAAGAUGUAGAAAACAGAACAAGGAGUAUAGUCUUUCAGAAGUGGAGAAGCUCUAUCAGCUCCACAAUGUUCACAUAGUUUCCUUCAUUGGAUAUUGCAAAAUGGAAGAAGAAAUAUUCCUUGUUUACGAGUUCAUGGUAAAAGGAAUUCUUUGCAAACAUCUAUAUGGAUCACGGAUUAGCCCUCUUCCAUGGAAGAAGAGACUUGAUAUAUGUAUUAGCAUAGCAAGUGGAUUGCAUUACCUUCAUAGAGAAAAUAUCAUUCAUGGAAACUUAAAGUCCAGCAAAAUUUUGCUAGAUAACAAUUGGAGUGCCAAAAUUUCAGGCUUAAAGGUUUUCAAAGAUGAUGAAGAUGACGCAAAUGGAAUCACACAUACAGUUGUCACUGCUGUUGUUAGGAACACCCUGGGCUACAUGGAUCCUGAGUACUUAAUGUCCGGUCACCUAACGGCAAAAUCUGAUGUAUACUCGUUUGGUGUAGUGUUGCUGGAGGUGCUCUGCGCUAGGAAAGCAAUGGAUCUGCUCUUGCCACAAAAAGAAAGAGUUUUAGUACAAUGGUUCAAGCAGAGUAUCACAAAGAGGAACACUGAGAGGGUUAUUGAUCCUAAUUUGAUGGGGAAUGUAGAACGCAAGUGUCUGAGGAAGUUUGUUGAAACAGCAUUGAGCUGUCUGCAUGAUCUGGGUAAGAAACGGCCAACCAUGGAUAUUGUAUUAGGGAGCCUCCAGCAAGCACAGCAACUUCAGGAAACUGCAGGAGAUCAUCUUACUUUUGGUACCAAGACUGGGGAUCCUCAAGAGAAGCUACAUGAAGCUGCUGCUGCCGCUUAUAACAAAGUACUGUUUCGCACAGGAAAGAAAUUGGAAAUUUAGUAUUCAGCUAUGUAGUGAAUGACUAAGAUUCUGGGGUGAUGAAUGCUUAUUAACUAGCAAGUCAGUUUAGAACAGUGAAGCACAAGAGAAAAUUUAGCUUCUCGGAACUGAAUUAUGUUUUCCAUCUAGAGAACCAACUUUUGCAUAGCAUUGAUGAUGAGAACACCAUAAUUUAAACUCUUUCAUCUCAAAUUUGAAUACAUCA